AGGUGAGAGGCAGAAACAGAGGAGAAGAAGUGAGGGAGGGGCGCAUGUGACUGGUCACAAUCCCAUAUUCUGCAGAGAGUGAGAGACAGUAGGGGAUGAAGACACACACACACACACAUAUCCUGAUUCAGCGGAACAGAUUUAUUCGUCACCUUUCUCUCCCUGGAGCCUCACGCUCACGCAGCGACUCUGCUGCAACACAACACAAGCCCAGACCCCGCAGCAGCAGCAGGAGGAGGAGCAGGAGAAGCAGGAGCACCUGUCCCGUCCGUUCCUCGUCCCCGCAGCCGCCUGUCUGAGCAGAUUAACGGCUCCGGCGCAAGCCGAGACAGCGCGCUUUGCUCACUGCAGUUAACAGGCGGAGGAGGGGUGGAGGAGGUGCUGGAGGUGCCGGAGGUGGAGGAGGAGGAGGACUGAUCAUGAUGGCAGAGCCAAAAGGCGACGACUGCAUCGAAGGUGGGCCAAUGAAGAAACUGCGGGACAAAUAAGGCACGCGAACACGUUCCCCCAAAAGCUCUGUUCUGUGCCGUUCUGCCUCUUCGUCUCUUAACUAAACCUUACACAGGACCCCCUGUCAGAAGGGACAUGUUCAUCAUUAUGGGAUAGAUGCAACAGAAGGCGGAGGGUUGGGGUAAAAAGUCUGCCCGUUGCCAUGGAUACCAGCACUCGGAAAUUCACAGUGCGGAGAUGGUUCUCCAUCUACCUGAAGAACAAGGCGGCGAGGAGCAAGAACAACACGGGCUUCUGUCAGCUGGAGGAUGACAGCAUCCUGAAGGAGAUUGACAUCAGCCACCAUGUCAAGGAGGGCUGUGAGAAAGCAGACCCUUCUCAGUUCCAGCUCCUCAAAGUGCUGGGGCAGGGCUCCUACGGGAAGGUGUUUCUGGUGAGAAAGAUCCGGGGAGCAGACAGAGGACAUCUCUACGCCAUGAAGGUCCUGAAGAAAGCCACACUGAAAGUUCGGGACCGCGUGCGAUCCAAAAUGGAGAGAGACAUUCUGGCAGAAGUGAACCAUCCAUUUAUAGUUAAACUGCACUAUGCCUUCCAGACAGAGGGGAAGCUUUAUCUGAUCUUGGACUUCCUCAGAGGUGGAGACCUUUUCACACGUUUGUCAAAGGAGGUCAUGUUUACAGAAGAGGAUGUGAAGUUUUAUCUGGCAGAGUUGGCCUUGGCCUUGGACCAUCUCCAUAGUCUGGGCAUCAUCUACAGGGACCUCAAACCGGAAAAUAUUCUUCUGGACGAUGAAGGACAUAUUAAGAUAACAGACUUUGGAUUGAGUAAGGAAGCCAUCGACCAUGACAAACGAGCAUAUUCCUUCUGUGGAACAAUUGAGUACAUGGCUCCAGAGGUUGUAAACAGGAGAGGACACACACAGAGUGCUGACUGGUGGUCUUUUGGAGUUCUUAUGUUUGAGAUGUUGACGGGAUCUUUACCGUUCCAAGGAAAAGAUCGCAAGGAAACAAUGGCACUUAUUCUAAAGGCUAAACUGGGAAUGCCACAGUUCCUCAGUCCCGAGGUGCAGAGUUUAUUAAGAGCACUCUUUAAGAGGAACCCUGCUAAUCGACUAGGUGCGGGACCAGAUGGAAUAGAAGAAAUAAAAAGACAUCGCUUCUUCGCGUCCAUAGACUGGAAUAAGUUGUACAAGAAGGAAGUGAGGCCUCCUUUCAAACCAACUGUCGGCAGACCUGAAGACACUUUUCAUUUUGACCCUGAAUUCACCUCCAGAACACCAACUGAUUCUCCAGGCAUUCCGCCCAGUGCAAACACACACCAGCUGUUUCGGGGUUUCAGCUUUGUCGCAACAAAUCAAAGUCAGGAAUCGAGUGUUGCCACGGUAGCGACUUCUCGUCAGGAGGUGAAGAACGCCGACCCCAUAAAACAGCAUCUCCGUGGCGACGUGGCCUUUAGUGACGUCUAUGAGCUGAAAGAGGAAGUGGGACAGACUGUGACCUCUGUCUGCAGGAGAUGUCUGCACAGAGUUACUGCUGUGGAAUAUUCAGUGAAGAUCGUUGAGAGAGCGAAGAAAGACCCGUCAGAGGAGAUUGAGAUUCUGUUGAGAUAUGGACACCAUCCAAAUAUUAUUACCCUGAAGGACGUGUUUGACGACGGUCAAAGUGUGUUCCUGGUUCAGGAUUUAGUGAGGGGCAGUGAGCUCCUUGACAGAGCUCUGACGGUGCCACGUUUUACGGAGAGAGAUGCAUCAGACGUCAUCUGCACUCUGGCCAAGACUGUGGAAUAUUUACACUCAAUGGGGGUUGUGCAUCGAGACCUGAAGCCCAGUAACGUCCGCUACGCCGAUGACAGCGGACGACCGGAGAGCAUCAGAAUUUGUGAUUUUGGAUUUGCCAAACAGCUCAGAGCUGAAAACGGCUUGUUGAUGACGCCGUGUUACACGGCGACAUUCAUGGCGCCCGAGGUUCUGAAGAAGCAGGGCUAUGAUGCAGCCUGUGACAUCUGGAGCCUUGGAAUCCUGCUUUACACCAUGAUAGCUGGUUUCAGUCCGUUUGCCAGCAGUCCUGAGGACACAGCCGAGGAGAUUCUGGCUCAAAUUGGCAGCGGGAAAUUCAUCAUCACCGGAGGGAACUGGGACCUGGUGUCAGAUGCUGCCAAGGACAUCGUGAUGAAGAUGCUCCAUGUGGAUCCUCACCAGCGCCUGACUGCACCCCAGAUUCUUCGUCACCCCUGGGUCGUAGAGAGAGACCAGCUGUCUGACAGAACUCUCACCAGACAGGACGCACUCACUGUCAAGGGGGCGCUGUCUGCCACUUACUCAGCUCUGAGACGCUGCGCUCCUGCUCCCGUCCUGGAGCCGGUGCAGUCGUCCAGCCUGGCUCAGCGGAGAGGGAUGAAGAAAGUGGCGAGUCCAAAAGUCAGUCCAGGACUGAAAGAGAAGGAGUAACCUCGAAACGAUGCGACUGCGACUCAAACCAAACUAUGGGCCGUAAAGUACAGAUACUUUAUGAGGAAAGCACAAAGAACAACGCUUACAGGCCUGUAAAUAUAAACCACUGAUAUUCAGCACAUGUACAAUGAUUAUUAAAAUGAUUAAAAAAAAUAAUAAUAAUUAAGCCUCUGGUUUAAACGAUGUCUGACAUUUAAAGAUUUGGUUCAGAUCUCUUUACAGGAACGAAUUAAAUGUAAAUUUUAAAUCUCUACAUUUUGAAUUUGAUACUGUGGGAUUUACUAAUCCAUCACAUACAUCUGCACUGAGACCCUGACCAACAUCUCUCUCUCUAUCUUUUUUGAUUGAAAUUAUUUCUUUUUUUAUCUCGGCCACAGCGGAUGAUCCGCACACAUGAUUUGACAGAGAUUUUAACGCUGGAUUCCCUUCCUGAUGCAAUACAUUGGGGCUAAUUUGGAGUGUCCAAUUAACAAUUGGGGAUGGGGCAAUGGUGAUUGGGUACCUUGCUCAGGGGGACCCAAACUGGCGUAAGCCAAGUCCUUUUUCACUUGGCCAUGGGCUGUCCCCAUUCUUGCUUGAUUGAAAUAAUAAAAAUAAUAAUAUUUGAUCAAUUUUCAUGGGAUCAAGGUAACAUUUCUAACAUUUAAAGCAACAUUUACAUCAUUUUGGUGAUACAUAAUGCAUUAGUCAGCUCUGACACUAAAACACUGAUUAACCCAUAUCUAAAUGAGCUAAUCCAGCUGAAAUUUGGAACAAAAUGAUCAGUAUUCUGUGCCACAAAGGAUCAGUCGUCCAUUUCCAUCUAUGUCAUUAACAAAGUCUUCCAUAGUCAUGACAUACAAACAUAAUAUUUGAUUUGAAUUCUUCACUUAUGCAUGUACCAAAUGUUAAUAUCCUACCAAAGGGAAAUUGUCAAUGAUACCGUUGAAGUCUUACUGUUUAUAAUAAUAAUACUGCUAUAAUUAUUCUACUGUAAUGUAUUGUUGUCUUCCAUAAACACAGCCUUUGCCUCUUAAUGUUAAAUAUGUCAAGAUUGCACUUCCCCCCCGGUGGAAACAGUAUUUUUUCGAGUGUCAUUCAGCUUAAAUAGUAGUCCUGAAAACUGCACAGCGUCCUAUGGCUCAGCUGAUACAACGCCGUAUUAUUACGUGACUUAGCAUUGUCAUAGUUUACCAUUCAGUGUGUGUGUGUGUACUCGAGUGUCCAGUGAGCUUCUGUUUGCUCUUAGCAUCUGAGCGUUUAAAACAAAAACACUGUGUCAGAAGUUUUGUAUAAGUUGUCGUUUGCCACUGCCCUGUUUGUGUCUAAUAUGUCGAGCAGUCACUACUACGAGGUAUAAGACAGAAUCGCAGAUUAUUAUUAUUAUUAUUAUUAUUAUUAUUACUGUUGAGUAGCACACUCUGUGUUGUACAGUUUUAAGCCGUUAGGAUUGUGAUGCUCCUUAUCCAUUAACAACAUUUAUUGUGUGUAAUCAAUAAGCACUGUAGCAACAACGCUGUAAUCCUGUACAUAUUAUUUUUGCUGCAACACAAUCUGUAUGUGCUGUGACAGAGACACUGGCACAACUGUGCAAGGUGAAGCUGGGAGCGAUGCAAUCAAGAGUACGACCACCAUGCUGUAGAUAUUGUGUGGUACAAUGAUAUGAUGAUAAAGAUGUAAAUACCCUAUUGUUUAUGAAUUUAGGAUGUGUAUAUAGUGCAAACCCACCAGUAAA